AUGUCCAGGCGCAUCCGAGCUGAAGCCGUGGAGAGUGCCAGUGUGCUACCCUCCCUUAAUGAGGCGUCUAGCAUUCCUUCGCCGAGUGUCUACCCUCACCUGACGGACCACGCGUCUCUGCGCAUUGGCGCCAGCAUCCCAGUAUCUGAAGCGAGGCAAGCUCUACGCGCUCCACAUUACCUGCGCGAGGAGCUUGGCACUCUGAUGGACCCACACAACGAGCAAGAUGCUCCUUCAGCGACAGGCGACGCACCGCGUCUCCAUGAGGGUCAAGGUCCAAUGAGCUUGACCGGUGAACAUGCAAGCGAGGUCGCUCCGCCAACAGCGACUUGCACGGCUGAGCCGUUCGAGGACUGCCCAGGCGCAUCUCAGAGCGAAGGGAAGGCCGAGGCGCGUGUCUCGCUGGGCCGCGACAGUAGUUCGGAUGUCGCUUCUGCCACCACUCUAGUAGGGACAAAGGGGGAUAUAGCGAAGCUGUCCGACUCUUCAGGCAUACCGGGCGCUCUGCGGUCAUCGUCCGGAGUGUCAGCGCCGUCUGCCUCAGCUCCGGAGCAAGAUCUCCUUAGCGAUGCAACAAGCGCAAAGCUCUCGGCAGCAACAGCAGCAGCAGCAGCAGACAGCGAUGCACAGCGAGAGGAAGACGGCCCUUCGGUCAACGUCGGGCAAAUGAACGGGAAAAGUGCCGACGCCCAGCAAGACCUAGAUUGCGAAGACGUGGCAGCGAGCCUGAUGCGCCUGGCCUCAGUCUUGAAGGCGACCGAGGUUCCGAAGAUGGCCUUCUCAUUCUACGAAGCAGUGGAGCGGCCGAGCACGACUCCGGGAGAAAGGGCCGCGGACAAGACGAAGGCAUCGAGCAGCACGAUAGCGUCGCAACAUGUGCUCGGAGUCGUCUCCAACGUGGAGAGUGGAAGGGAAGAAGCGGCCAUCUUGGUCGUGAAGCCGCGCCAAAGUGACUCGAGUAGAGGGACUGUCACUGCUGCCAUACCGAUACGCUCUUCCUUGCGGUUUGGCUCCACCGCUAUCAGUGCCAAAGAACCUCGCUUGCCGUCAUUUGAGCAAGUGUUGGCAGCCGAAGCAGAGCAUGCGGCGACGAGGGAAGAGAAGGAGCAGCGCGAUGCCGGUGAGGAUAUGUUCGUCAUCUCAUGCGAUGGGCACUGGUGUGCCGGAACGACCCAUGAUCGACGCUCCUUGACAGAUCUCAAAAAGAUUCUGCCGGACUUAUGUUCAACGCCCGAGGCCUCCAGAGGUGCUCACAACUCGCACGCCUGGCUCGCUCGAUACAUUGGCGACGAUGAGACGUCCAUAUCGACACCUCUCUUUUCACGAUUCACUACCUCUGCCUUCGUUCCCCCCGCCCGUCCAGCCUCGCCCAAGGAGGGGGAGAUCAAGCUCCUGUUGGGAACUUUCAACGUUGCUGGCAUAGCACCGAGUGGCACAAUAACAUUCAGGGAGGAGUUGCGCAAAUGGCUGUCCUCUGCGGCCUGCAGAGACUGCGAAAUCGUCGUCGUUGCGCUUCAAGAGGCGGAAAUCUCAAACACGGGGUACUUCUACGCUACGCCUGGGCUCAGGGAGGCCUGGGGAGAUGAGUUGCUUCUUGCUGUUAAGGGAAAGAAUGAAGACUAUAUAGAGUUCAUUUCCCGUCAACUGGUCGGCAUGAUUCUCUACGUAUUUGUGACGCCAGAUGUUGUGCCUCGCAUACGCGAUGUGGUCUCUGACGCAGUAGGGGUGGGCCUGGGUGGCUGGGUGGCCAACAAAGGAGCGGUGUCUGUCCGCUUGACGGUGGACCAGACCUCGCUGUGCUUCGUUGGUGCUCAUCUGCCCGCGAUGCAGAACCCGCAAGCUCUGCAGAACCGGCGUUGGGCAGUCAGGGAGAUCUUCCGGCGUUGCAAAUUUGAGCUUCCAAUGCCGGGUUUGGCAGAUACUGAGCAGAACGAUGAUCCCUGUCCACUGCAUAUCGAAGAUCAUGACCACGUCUUCUUCCUGGGGGAUCUCAACUUCCGGAUCGAGCUUGGCAUAGGAGAAGUCAAGCGACUCAUCCGGAAAGGAUCUUCCUCGCUGUCGAGAAGUCACCAGACAGCUGCACUUGCAACCCUUACUCGCCCUUUGCCUUUCGACACGCUUCUCAGCUUCGAUGAGCUCUGCAACGAGAUUGGGUCCGGCAGCUGCUUUGCGGAAUUCAAAGAAGGUGCAAUUGCAUUCCCACCGACCUUCAAAUUUGACGUGGGGACGGACGACUACGACACCAGUGAAAAGCAACGCGUGCCGGCCUGGACUGACCGGAUCCUGUGGCGAUCGCGCAAGCCACUCAGGAACGAUGGCCCUGCUUCAAAGGGAGCCGAAAGGGAUUCCGUUGACCGGGGCCAAGAUUUCGACGCCGUCCGCCCAAUCGAAUACACCUCUGUACCACAGGUCUGCACCUCGGAUCACAAGCCUGUCCGCGGAUGCUUCUUGCUUCGUCUUUGA